CCUGUCAUCACCGUGGCGCGCUUGGUGGAGUCGGCGUGUCCAACUCCGGAGCAGCGGAGACGCCAAAACAGACGGAGGACUGGACGCGCCGGACGCGCACCGUGUCGUUACGCGCCCACUCCCGCCGGUCACGGGCGAAUCCGCUGCAGCUGUCCCUCUCCUUUUUCUUCCUCCAUCAGCCCCUCCAUCAGGCGGACGAGCGCAGAGUGUCCCAGCGCAGGGCAACACAUUAUACCCGCGCCGGUGCGAGGCGCGCGGACGCACCGGAGGAUGGGAUAGAGGGGCGCCCCCCGCCACCCGGGUCCCUGAGUUCCAGUCGCGGGCCACCACCACUGCCCCACCAGCGUCAUGCCCGCGUGGUAGAUCCGGGACGCGCCAAGAUGGGUUUCCUGCACCAGCUCCAUCUCCUGCUGUGGAAGAACAUCUCCCUGAAGAGGAGGGGGCCGUGGGUGCUGGCCUUCGAGAUCUUCAUCCCGCUGGUCCUCUUCUUCAUCCUCCUGGGCCUGAGGCAGAAGAAGCCAGCGAUUCCUGUCAAGGAAGUGUCCUUUUACAGCGCGGCCCCGCUCACCUCGGCUGGCAUCAUUCCCAUCAUGCAGUCGCUGUGCCCAGACGGACAAAGGGAUGAAUUUGGUUUCCUGCAAUACAAGAACUCCACUGUGACCCAGCUGCUGGAGCGGAUCAGUGAGGUGGUUGAACAGAAUCGACUCUUCACGUCCGACAGGCCCGGCUUGGGUCAAGAGCUGGAGACCCUGCAGCGGCACCUGGAGAGUCUCAGCUCCGCCCCUUUACCGCUGGACUACAACUUCAACAAGAGCAAAGGCUUCACGCUGGCCAGCGUGCUGAAGAGCCAGUCGGCUUUCCAUCAGUUCCUGGUGAAGAACCUCUCCCUGUCCAACUCCACGACCAGCCUGCUGCUCAGCAUUCCAGUCAGCGUCAGAGAGGUGCACAGCCUUAUCUUUGGCACAUCUCGCAGAGCUGGUGAUGAGACCAAGAGUCGGAUUCAAGGGGAAAAAGACGGCAGACGAAAACCUGGAGAUAGACUUCUUCACCUGGAGGAGAGGCUGCUGGGAGAUGUACACGGUGUGGACGGAGGUCUGAUUUACCGAGCCUUGCGGGAUCCGACCAAGGCCGCCCACCGGCAGGCUCUGCUCAAACUCAUGUCCCAGGCCUUGGGCCUCGACGAGGUCGCGGGAGACCAGGGGGACGACCAGCAGGCCCUGGAGGAGGUGGAGGGGAUCCUCCUGACCGGAGCCAUGCUGGAGACCCUCACCUGUGGGGAGGGCGGAGCCAGUGAGCUCAGCAACAUCCUAUUGGUGCCCGAUGCGCAGCAGCCGGCGCUGCAGGCCUACCGCAGUGCGUUGUGCAGUGGAGGCGAGGGUCAGAGGUCGGAGCGCUUCAGGCAGAUGAGCCGGGAGCUGAGGGAGCAGAUCAACAUGCAGAGCGUCGCUGAGAAGCUUCACCUGGACCGAGCCAACUCUCGGGCUCCGCUCUCUCAGUCCCAGCUCGGGUCGCUGUUGAAGGACCUGGUCGACGUCGAGAGGCUUCUCAAGGACGUGGACCUGCUCUCUGGCCUGGCCCGCCUGCUGCCCAAAGGAGCCUGCGCCGGCCGCUCUCCCGCCUCCCCGGGGAACACGACCUGGCCCCUCAACGCCACCACCUGGGGCCCCAACGCCACGGACGUCCCCAGAGAGGAGGGCGAGAAGGGAUCAGAGGGAGGGGGCAGAGCCAGGGGAGGCAAAGGGAAGGAGGAGGCCGAGAAUCCCCAUACCCAGUUUUCGGCAUUCGUCCAACUGUGGGCCGGACUGCAGCCGAUUCUGUGUGGGAACAACAGGAUCAUCGAGCCCGAGGCUUUGAAGCAGGGGAACAUGAGUUCCUUGGGAUUCACCAGCAAAGAACAAAGGAAUCUGGGCUUACUGGUUCACCUGAUGACCACAAAUCCCAAGAUCCUCUACUCCCCCAUUGGCUCUCAGGUGGAUAAAGUGAUUCAGAAGGCGAAUGAGACCUUUGCAUUUGUUGGGAACGUGACGCACUACACUCGCGUGUGGCUGAACAUCUCCGCCCAGCUCCGGACCUUUCUGGAGGAGGGUCGGCUGCACAGGCACCUGGUGUGGCUACAGCAGGUGUCGUCGGAGCUGCAGCAGCUGCCGGAGCUGUUGAACGGCACCGACAGUGAGCUGAUGCAGGCUCUGAUUGAAGGGAACUACAGUCUCCCCAACACCUCGGCGCUGCUGGAGCAGCUGGACACCAUCGACAACGCUGCCUGCGGCUGGACGCACUUUAUGUCUAAGGUCAGCGUGGACGUCUUCAAGGGCUUUCCCGACGAGGACAGCAUCGUCAACUACACCCUGAACCAGGCCUACCAGGACAACGUGUCCGUGUUCGCCAGCGUGAUCUUCCAGACCAACAGGGACGGCUCGCUGCCGCCACACGUUCUGUACAAAAUCCGACAGAACUCCAGCUUCACGGAGAAGACCAACGAAAUCAGACGGGCCUACUGGCGCCCCGGGCCCAACACGGGGGGGAAGUUCUACUUCCUCUACGGUUUCGUUUGGAUUCAAGACAUGAUAGAGAGAGCCACCAUCAACACGUUUGUGGGCCACGAUGUGGUGGAGCCCGGGAACUACGUUCAGAUGUUCCCCUACCCGUGUUACACCAGAGACGAUUUUCUGUUUGUGAUCGAGCACAUGAUGCCCCUCUGCAUGGUCAUCUCCUGGGUUUACUCAGUGGCCAUGAUGAUUCAGCACAUUGUGGCCGAGAAGGAGCACCGGCUCAAAGAGGUGAUGAAGAUGAUGGGCCUGAACAACGCGGUCCACUGGGUGGCUUGGUUCAUCACCGGCUUUGUCCAGCUGUCCAUCUCUGUCACCGCGCUGACGGCCAUCCUGAAGUACGGCCGGGUGUUGCUGCACAGCAACCCCUUCAUCAUCUGGCUCUUCCUCACCAUCUACGCCGUGGCCACCAUCAUGUUCUGUUUUUUGGUGUCAGUGAUCUACUCCAAGGCCAAGCUGGCCUCGGCCUGCGGAGGAAUCAUCUACUUCCUCAGCUACGUGCCCUACAUGUAUGUGGCCAUCAGGGAAGAGGUGGCCCAUGAUAAGAUCACUGCCUUUGAGAAGUGCAUCGCUUCGCUGAUGUCCACCACCGCCUUCGGCCUGGGCUCCAAGUACUUUGCGCUGUACGAGGUCGCAGGCGUUGGCAUCCAGUGGCGGACCAUCAGCCAGUCUCCAGUCGAAGGUGAUGACUUCAACCUGGGACUGUCCAUGAUGAUGCUCAUCAUCGAUGCCAGCGUGUACGGCGUUCUCACCUGGUACAUAGAGGCCGUGCAUCCAGGAAUGUAUGGGCUGCCCCGCCCGUGGUACUUCCCCCUGCAGAAGUCCUAUUGGUCGGGCAGUGGGCGCGUUGAGACCUGGGAUUGGCCGUGGUGUGGCGGCGCUGCCCGGCUCAGCGUCAUGGAGGAGGACCAGGCGUGUGCAAUGGACCAGAGGAGAUCCGAAGAGAUGCGGGGCAUAGAGGAGGAGCCGAGCCACCUGCCCUUGGUCGUGUGUAUCGACAAGCUCACCAAGGUUUACAAGACGGGCAGCAAGCUGGCCCUCAACAAGCUGAGCCUCAACCUCCACGAAAACCAGGUGGUCUCCUUCCUGGGACACAACGGCGCCGGCAAGACCACAACCAUGUCCAUCCUGACGGGCCUGUUCCCGCCCACCUCCGGCUCCGCCACCAUAUAUGGCCACGACAUCCGCACGGAGAUGGAGCGCAUUCGCCAGAACCUGGGCAUGUGUCCGCAGCACAACGUCCUGUUUGACAAGCUGAGCGUGGAGGAGCACCUGUGGUUCUACUCCAGACUCAAGGGCAUGGCUGAAGAGGACAUUCGCAAAGAGAUGGAGAAGAUGAUUGUUGACCUGGAGCUGUCCAACAAGCGCCACAGCUUGGUGCAGACUCUGUCCGGCGGGAUGAAGAGGAAGCUGUCUGUGGCCAUCGCCUUCGUCGGCGGCUCCAGGGCCGUCAUCCUGGACGAGCCCACGGCGGGGGUGGACCCCUACGCCCGCAGGGCCAUCUGGGACCUCAUCCUGAAGUACAAGCAGGGUCGCACCAUUCUGCUGUCCACGCACCACAUGGACGAGGCCGACCUCCUGGGCGAUCGCAUUGCCAUCAUCUCGCACGGGAAGCUCAAGUGCUGCGGCUCCCCGCUCUUCCUGAAGAGCACCUACGGGGACGGAUACAAACUGACGCUGGUCAAGAAGCAGAGCGAGGGCCCAGGCCGGGGCAGCCUGCCGCGGCCUCCCUCGUGCCCGUCUCCGUCCUCCUGUCUGUCGCCUUGCUCGGAGGCCCGGGUCACCCAGUUCAUCCGGCAGUUCGUGGCGUCCUGCCUGCUGGUGUCGGACUCCAACACCGAGCUGUCCUACGUGCUGCCCUCCGAGGCCGUGAAGAAGGGCUGCUUCGAGAGGUUGUUCCAGGCUUUAGAGCAGAGCUUGGACAGUCUGGCCCUGACCAGUUUCGGGGUGAUGGACACCACCCUGGAGGAGGUCUUCCUCAAAGUGUCGGAGGAGGACCAGUCCCUGGAAAAUAGUGAUGCUGACAUGAAGGGUUCCCCGGGGAGCAGCUCCGCCGGGAAAUCCUCGGUGGGCUCCGGAGGCCCGGCGGCGACGCAGGGCGAGCCCGCGGCCUCGGCGGAGAGCGAGAAGCCGGAGGUGGAGCUGAGCAACCUGGUGCGGUGCUCCGGGCUGACCCAGAGCCGGUCCUCCCUGAAGUCCUCCUCGUCCAUCGGCUCCGUGAGGGGGGACGAGGGGGGGCUCUACGCCGACUUCUACGGAGACUACUGUCCACUCUUCGACAGCGGCCAAGAGCCCGACUCUGCCAGCCUCAGGGGAGACGCGGAGAACCCCCCGUGCCCGGAGCCGGAGGUCCAGGAGGGGCAGAGCAGCUCCAAGUUGGAGGGCUGGUGGUUGAAGCUCGGUCAGUUCCACGGCCUGAUCGUCAAGAGGUUCCACUGUGCAAAGAGGAACACCAAGGGCCUGUGCUCUCAGAUCCUCCUGCCUGCGUUCUUCGUCUGCGUGGCCAUGACCGUGGCCUUAUCCGUGCCCGAGAUAGGAGAUUCGCCGCCGCUGAUCUUGUCCCCAUCUCAGUAUCACAACUACACUCAACCCAGAGGCAACUUCAUCCCAUACGCCAACGAGGACAGACCCCAGUACAGGAGCAAGCUGCUGCCAGACGCGGGUCCACAGAAGAUCGUCGACACCCUCCGCCUGGCGUCGGGCGCGGGGGCCACCUGCGUGCUCAAAACCCCCUUCAACAGCACCCUGGACCAGCUGGCCCAGACCCUCAACCCGAGCGCCAACGACUCCAAGACUCUGGCCGCCCGCUACUUUGACUCCAUGUGUCUGGACUCCUUCACACAGGGCGUCCCGCUCUCCAACUUCGUACCCCCACCUCCCUCGCCGGCACCUUCGGAUGACCCGGACCCUCGCUUCGAGGACGGACUGUGGAACUUCACCGUUGCGCCUCCGACCACAGUCCACGAGCCUGUGACGUCUCCUCCCACCCUGCCGCUGGCCAUCCACGAGCCGGUCCGCUGCACCUGCUCCAUGCAGGGCACAGGCUUCUCCUGCCCCAGCGGAGUGGGAGGGCGGCCCCCCCUCAUGAAGGUGGUGACGGGCGACAUCCUGGUGGACGUCACCGGCCGGAACGUCUCCGAGUAUCUGCUCUUCACGUCCGACCGACUGCGCCUGCACAGGUACGGCGGUUUGACAGUGGGCAACAUCCAGAAAUCCAUCCCAGCAUCCUUUGGCGUGAAGAUCCCUCCGAUGGUUCGCAAGAUCGCGGUCCGCAGAUCGGCUCAGGUUCUGUACAACAACAAGGGCUACCACAGCAUGCCCACGUACCUGAACGUCCUCAACAACGCCAUCCUGCGCGCCAACCUACCGGCAUCAAAGGGAAAUCCUGCCGCCUAUGGAAUCACGUUGACAAACCACCCGAUGAAUCGAACCAGUGCCAGUCUGUCUCUGGACUACCUGCUGCAGGGGACGGAUGUGGUGAUCGCCAUCUUCAUCAUAGUGGCCAUGUCCUUCGUGCCGGCCAGCUUUGUGGUUUUCCUGGUCGCCGAAAAAUCCACAAAGGCCAAACACCUGCAGUUCGUCAGUGGCUGCGACCCUGUCAUCUACUGGCUGGCCAACUACAUCUGGGACAUGCUGAACUACCUGGUACCGGCCACGUGCUGCGUUAUCAUUCUCUUUGUGUUCGACCUGCCGGCCUACACCUCCCCGACUAACUUUCCUGCUGUCCUCUCCCUCUUUCUACUCUACGGGUGGUCCAUCACUCCCAUCAUGUACCCAGCAUCCUUCUGGUUCGAGGUUCCCAGCACCGCCUACGUGUUCCUCAUAGUCAUCAACCUCUUCAUAGGCAUCACGGCGACGGUUGCCACCUUCCUCCUGCAGCUCUUUGAACACGACAAGGACCUGAAAAGGGUCAACAGCUACCUGAAGUCCUGUUUCCUCAUCUUCCCCAACUACAACCUUGGCCACGGCCUGAUGGAGAUGGCCUACAACGAGUACAUCAAUGAAUACUACGCCAAGAUAGGCCAGUUCGACAAGAUGAAGUCGCCGUUCGAGUGGGACAUUGUGACCCGAGGCCUCGUCGCCAUGACAAUCGAAGGCUUUGUCGGCUUCCUCAUCACCAUCCUCUGCCAGUACAACUUCCUCAGGAAAUCCUCGCGGGUGCCAGUCAGCUGCCAGCCGAUAGACGACGACGACGUGGACGUGGCCUGCGAGCGGCGGCGAGUGCUGCGGGGAGACGCCGACAACGACAAGCUCAAGAUCGAGAACCUGACGAAGGUGUAUAAAUCCAGGAGGAUGGGUCGUAUCCUGGCAGUGGACCGGCUGUGUCUGGGCGUCCGGCCCGGCGAGUGCUUUGGACUGCUGGGGGUGAACGGGGCCGGGAAGACCACCACGUUCAAGAUGCUGACGGGGGACGAGUGCACCACGGGAGGGGAGGCCUUCAUCAACGGAAACAGUAUCCUGAAGGAGCUGUUACACGUGCAGCAGAGUAUCGGCUACUGUCCACAGUUUGAUGCCCUGUUUGACGACCUGACAGCCAGGGAACAUCUGGAGCUCUACACCCGCCUCCGUGGCAUUCCCUGGAAGGACCAGGAGAGGGUGGUGCAGUGGGCACUGGAGAAGUUGGAGCUGUCCAAGUACGCGGACAAGCCCGCCGGCACGUACAGUGGAGGAAACAAGCGCAAGCUCUCCACCGCCAUCGCUCUGAUUGGAUACCCCUCGCUCAUCUUCCUGGACGAGCCCACCACUGGGAUGGACCCGAAGGCCCGCAGGUUCCUCUGGAAUUUAAUCCUGGACAUAAUCAAGACCGGACGAUCGGUAGUGCUGACGUCACACAGCAUGGAGGAGUGCGAGGCUCUGUGCACCAGACUGGGCAUCAUGGUGAACGGCAGGUUUAAAUGCCUGGGCAGCAUCCAACACCUCAAGAACAGGUUCGGGGACGGUUACAUGAUCACAGUGAGGACCAAGAGCGGCUCCGGCGUGAAGGAGGUGGUUCGAUUCUUCAACAGAAACUUUCCCGAGGCCGUGCUGAAGGAGCGUCACCACACCAAGGUGCAGUUCCAGCUGAAGUCGGAGUGGAUCUCCCUGGCUCAGGUGUUCAGCAAGAUGGAGCAGGUGGUGGAGGUGCUGGGCAUCGAGGACUACUCCGUCAGUCAGACCACUCUGGACAAUGUAUUCGUCAACUUUGCCAAGAAGCAGAGCGACAACCUGGAGCAGCAGGAGGUGUCGCCCCCCGGUGGUGAGGCACAGUCCCCCUUACAGCACUUCUUCAACCUGCUCAAGCCGCGGCCGGCAAACACGGAGCUCAGCGCCCUGAUCAGCGAGGCGCCGGAGGAGCUGGAGAGCGACGACGACGAAGGACUCAUCAGCUUCGAGGAGGAACGGGUGCAGCUCUCGUUCAACACAGAUACUCUCUGUUGAAAUGAGCCGCUGGCCGAGCAGAGGGAGCAGCAGCGUAGCAGAGAGGAACACGCCGGAGCCUCCGUGUCACUGAGAACAACGGCUGCUGAUUUAACCCCGAGCGGGACCAACACCCUCUGCACCAUGACGGACCGCGGGACCAGUAGUUCACUCUUUCAGCCUCAAAGUCCCAGGAGGAGCUGAGGUGGUUUGGUUCACAUCACGUGAGGUGAUGGACACUUUGUCCUGGAAUGUUUCCAUUAUUUUUUCAUUGUCUCUCACCAGACUGGCGAUGUUCUGAACGGGGUUGGUUGGAAACGCUCCCUGGCCCAAGGACAUCGUAUUAACCAGAGCGGGCCCCUUGUUGCCGUACCAAACUAGAUCCGUCUUGAGAGCAUGCUGUGAUGAAGCCGCCCCCUUGUGAUAAUGUAAUACAGAUGAUAAUGUAUCUAUUUUUCUGUGGCGAGAAGAACGAUUUAUUUUGGAUAUCGGAAGCGGCCGCGGAGCGAGGAAGUGCAAUUUAAUUUUGCAAUAGCAGAGGAUUUAAGUGAAACGCACCUUGGGAAUUGUGUGUGUGUGUGUGUGUGUGUGUGUGUGUGUGUGUGUGUGUGUGUGUGUGUGUGUGUGUGUGUGUGUGUGUGUGUGUGUGUGUGUGUGUGUGUGUGUGUGUGUGUGUGUGUGUGUGUGUGUGUGUGUGUGUGUGUGUGUGUGUGUGUGUGUGUGUGUGUGUGUGUGUGUGUGUGUGUGUGUGUGUGUGUGUCCCCGUCCUUUUCUUGGACUUCAGAGGGAAUGUACAUGUCGAGGUCAUUGUUCAUGACUCGUUUUCACGCGGAACACUUUGGUCUCUUUCUACCGACCGCUCUCAUUUGUGCUUUUUUGAACAUAUCGUCGUGGACUCUAUAAACCACACACAGUGUAAUAAUAGUAUCACAUCCAUCGGAGCUCAUCAGCAUCCUCUGACAGUGUGAACGUGAAGUGAACUCUGCUCCUGCUCCCCGACGAUGACUGCACUGCCAUCACUGUGAUAGGAAAGACAGCGCUCGUGUUUUAUGAUUUGCUGAAGAUCUCCGAUUUUUUUAAGGGACUCGGACUCCAAUGUGCCAAAUAUCCACAUUGAGGAAAAACACGGCUGUCUCUCACGUUGCGUUGGUCACUGCAUGUAGUUUGACCUGGUCUCUCUCCCCCGUUUUGUGAUAACCCGAGUAGUAAGAUGUCCUGUCAAAACAGUUACCGUUUCAUUCCUCUCACAACUAACUGCAGUUGUGUUUUUGUGACUAUUAUUAUGGCUCCUUCUUUUGUUGUUGUUCCUAACUGAAGGGGUAAUCAUUAAAAACAAGAAAAACUAACUUGUGAUUUCUUUCCUCUCUGAGAAUGUAAACCGGAGGGACGUCGGAAUUGUGAAUGGCAGAAAUGAACCAUGGAGUCAAACGAUGAAGAGGUAACUCACGUCACCAGCAGCCACUGGAGUUAGGUGCAAUCGUGUUUCAAAUGUCGUGUUUCUUUUUUUGUUGUUGCUAUAUUUAAUAUGGAUGUAUGACUGUAUUAUUUGUUUGUCAUUUGGACAAAACUUCUGACCUUAGCCUUGAAGCUCAUGUAUGAUUAAACACGUAUCGUUUCUGAAAUCUG